GUGCUAUUCCGACAGUCACACUAUCUGGCACAAGUACGAAUGACAAGCGUGGGGAAGAUAGAGAAGAGCAUCAAUCAAGUCCCACGACCGUCAGCACCUCCACGUCACUGGCACUAAAAUCUCGAUGGCCACCGAACACUGCACACGCAGCAGGCCCCCUCGCCCCUUGAUAGCCAUCAGGCACAUAACUCAUCUCGAUGAAGUGCCGGCAGUAGCGCACGCAAGAAUUCCCGCCGUCACGGCCCAAGCUUAGAUCACUGAUCGUCAGCGCUCCCGUGCCCUCGGGCGCCUCUAUCCCAGCGACGCGCACGGUCUGCCCGCCGGGAAUGCGAAUCUUCAUUGGGGCUUCGAAGUGGCCGGCGAGCGAGAAAUGCCACCCGUCAGAUUCGUAUUCGCUGACUCCCGUUGGAUCCUGCGGCAACUUGAUGCCUUCACUUGUAUAGGCGCCGAACACGCAGCCGCCCGAUUUGAUGACGAGCACCAGCCCCUUAGCGUCGCCCACACACCGAAUGAGGUCGAGGUAUUGGCCGCCGUCAGUUCUGCAGCAUGGCACACACUCGAACAGCAGAUCAGAACAGAGCAGUCAGGUGUGUGUUCUCUGUUGUACGCGUAUAUGUACCUUCUGUCGUAGGAGGAGUGCCUAUAGAGCCGCUUGAGCUCUCUGCCGUUCAGCCAGCUGCGAAGGGUAUCGCGCUGCUCGUCUGUCAGGAACGACACAACGGCAGCGGCCUGCGGUACGGCCUUCCUCCGGACUCCACCACGAGCCCGCAGCUGCUUGACGAUGCCACCGAUAUUUUCGGCCGUGGCCAGCAUAUUGCUCAAUGUUUCCAAUGCUGCUUCAGCAAAAUCUAAUGCAACCGAGAUCAUCUCCGCGACUUCCUCAACGAUGCGCCGUCUUGUCGCGCCAGUCACCUUGUUGCGCGACCUUCUCAUGAUGAGCCGGCUGGGCAGCAGAGGGGCACAAUGCUGGCUGUGUUGGGGAUGGGCAAGGAACGCCAACGCUGCGGUCGAUGAGGCCAGCAGAGGGAUAAUGAUGAUCAGUGACGCCACGACGGAUGGACUCAUCGCCGGCAGAGAUCGAUGAUGUCGCCUUGCGCGAUGAGUAAGAGUGCUGCUGGAUGCCCCCAUUUGUGCCGUUUCUG